AUUUCACUAACAGUUACAGUCAGACUUACUACUUCUUUCGUUCAUUUCUGAUUUAUUUUCGCGACUUUUGUCAUGCCCAAAUCUAGCAGUGAUUAUUACAGGGUGGUGCCGGAUUCUUCGCAGAACCCUCGUCAGGGAUGGAGCUUUAUAAAUCCAGGCACCUGGACCCAAUGGAAUGGCAACCAUCGGCGACUGCAAAAUACAGAGAGCCCUUGCAUUUCGACUUCAACCACCGCGACGAACUUGUCGUCCCUUGCUGAUUCGAACUCCGCCAUAAACCAGAAAAAAAUGAAUAAAGACACCAACAUCCGGAUGGCGGCUCAGGAAAUUGAGCCUCUCCAGAAAGUUAAACUAGAAGAACCCGUUCUGGAAGAAGAGGAAGAAAAGCUUGACCUCAAUUUUAGAAAUAUUAAAACACAAUUAUUUGCUGCAAUUGCUGUAUCAUGGGUUUCUUUAAUCAUAGGAUACUCCACUGCCUAUACUGCACCAGCUCAACUUUCCCUUGAGAGAGAUUUUGGUUUUUCAAGCAAUGAGAUGUCUUGGAUUUCAAGUUUUAUGCCUCUUGGUGCUCUACUUGGAGGUCUCGGUGGAGGAACUCUUAUUGAAUUCAUUGGUCGUAAAUGGAGCAUCAUGUUAACAAAUGUAUGUUUUCUGCUGUCGUGGCUACUCGUUUUCUUCGCUUCAAACUACAUACAUCUCUACAUAGGCAGAAUAGUAAUUGGACUCAGUGUGGGUGUAGCCUCCCUAACGCUUCCUGUUUACACCGCGGAAAGUUUACAACCCGAAGUUCGAGGAUCUCUAGGACUUUUACCAACUGCUCUGGGUAAUUUAGGUGUACUUAUUUGCUUUACCUUAGGAGCAUUCUACGAAUGGCAAGUACUUGCUUUAGUGGGGGCUAUAGUGUCCAUUCCGUUUCUUUUGAUGAUUUGGUUUAUACCAGAAACUCCUAAAUUUCUUCUAGGAAAGAGAAAAUUAGCCCAAGCAAAAUCAUCGUUGCAAUGGCUUCGUGGAAAAAAUUCAGACAUCGAAAAAGAGUUCGCAGAUCUUCAAAGAAUACAGCAGGAAUCAAACGAGCUUAAUGCAAAUAUUUUAGAUCUCCUUUCGAAGAAAAAUAUUAAGCUUCUAGUCGUAGCCUUAGGUUUAAUGUUCUUCCAGCAAUUUAGUGGCAUAAACGCGGUUAUUUUCUAUACAACAAAAAUUUUUAAAGAAUCAGGAUCAAGUCUAGACGAGAAAUAUUGUACAAUGAUUGUUGGUGUGGUUAACUUUGUAUCAACUUUUAUUGCCGCGAUGCUAAUCGAUAGGUUGGGCAGAAAAGUUUUGUUAUAUAUUUCAAGUCUAUCCAUGAUAGUGUCGUUAGUUGUGCUUGGAAUAUAUUUCUAUUUGAAAGAUGUAGCACAUACUAAUCUAUCGGAGUUAGGAUGGUUACCCCUCAUUAGCUUCAUGGUAUAUGUUCUUGGGUUCUCUUUGGGUUACGGUCCCAUUCCUUGGCUGAUGAUGGGAGAGAUAUUACCAGCUAAAAUAAGAGGCCCCGCAGCAUCUAUUGCUACUGCUUUCAAUUGGACAUGUACAUUUAUAGUAACCAAGACGUUCUUGCUCAUUAUUAAAGGCAUAGGAACUCAUUUUACUUUCUGGAUGUAUGGACUUAUUGUUAUUUUAUCGUUAUUCUUCGCAUUCUUAUUUGUGCCAGAAACCAGAGGAAUCAGCUUAGCUGAUAUCGAGAGAAGACUGACUGGAAUUAAAACUAGGAGAAUUAGUUCUGUAGCUAAUCUCAAACCAUUACCAAGCACUAUUGGAUAAGCAGCUAAAGUUUCUGGUAUUCUAUAACUUAAAAAUUAUUAUUUGAGUUUUAUAAUAUGGGUAAAUCAUAUGAACUUAUUUAUUAUAUUGAACAAAAGUAUAUAAAACUUAAAUAUGUAUGUUGUCUACUUUAAAUACUCUCCACAAAGCCAUUAAUAAUUGUUAUACUGUGAUCACAAGCACUAUCUGAUUAUCCAAGUAGAUUUACUUGGAUAAUCAGAUCCACUGCAGCUAACGAAUGGCUUAUGCCGAGUAACAAGACAAGUAAUUGCAAUUGCAGUAAUAGUUUUUAUAGUGGUGACAGGCUCAUCAUUUCUAUUUUUACAUCGCCCACUCUAGAAGAUUAAGCUCAGAUAAUAAUUUUUAAGUUGUAUUCUAUUAUGUGGUAGAAAAUAUUUACUGACAGUUGACGUACCUGGUUUCUUGAUAAAAAAUGAAUUUCCAAAAUAGUUCCUUAAUUUAAUAAAUUAGUUACAAUUAUUAUUACCAUAUUUCAAUAUGGCUAUUGGAAAACUAUUAUCAGUGAUGAAUUACUAUGCUAUAGAUACAUAUAAUUAUAUAACAAAAUAUAAUAUCCACAAUGUAUCAAUAUAGAUGUAAAUAGCGUUCUCCUUUCCAUAGCUCUCAGAUUCACUUGAAGUGUGUGGACUAUGUUGUUAUUGAAAGCCCAUUGUGCAAUUCCAUAUGUCAGGACUUAUGGCAGCAAUAUUGAGCUACCCCCUCCACAUUGUCAAAGUGUCAUGUCUGCCAUCGAGUCCUACUCUGCUGCAAUUUACAUUGCAUUGUAUUAAAAAGUUCGGUUUUUUCUGUCAGGAAUGUCGUUUUCUAAUGAAAUAGUAUGAAAAAAACCAAAUUGCUAUGAAAUUUGCAAUGUGCUGUAAUUGGUUGCAACUGUAAAAUUUGCAUAAAUAAAGACUUUAUAUGUCAUUAUUUACCUGGUCCAAAAAAAGGCUCAGUGGUUUUGAGUGAUUAUUUUGAUGAUAAAAAGGCAGUUGAUCAAUAAUUAAAAGGUUAGAAAACUGUAUUGUAAUCAAAAUAUAUUUAUCCUAACACAAGAAUUUAUUGAGUAAACUGAUUUACAAAAUCCAUUUUUUUUAUAUAAACUUAUGUCAUAUAAACUUAUGUCAUGUAUGAAUAUGUCAACUUUUCCGAUUAAUACACCACAAUGUGGUUCAUUUACGGACUCAAAUCUGGUUUUAUAUUCUCUUUUAAUAUGUAUUCACCAAACAUACUAAAAAAUCGCAAACGACUUAAGGUUGGAAACCUAGACAUCCUUAUAGAUAUUUAGACAAGGUGAAAAGCUCGGGUUCAUUCAGAUAAAUCUUCCCAUGAGAUUUUUUUUAAUAAUCACUUUCAUGAGAUACCCCAAGAUAAGGUUCAAGAGAUCGACCAGACGAAAAGUUGUUCAAUUUUUUUUAAACAAAUUGGAACAAUCAAUAUUUUCGGCCACGACAAUUUUUUUAAAAUUUUUCGGAUCAUUCAUGAACAAGGUUAUUACUUCAUAAUUUUCAAAUCAAAUAUUCAAAAAGCGGUAUAGAGUAUCGAGUUUUACCAAGAGUGCCUUUGGUAUGUAAAAUUGUGUGAUGUUUAGGUUCACUUGGAAUUUUGAUUAACAAUUUUAACCGUAAAAAGUUAUGUUGAAUAAUACUUGGUACGAACGUACGAACCGUGUAACUAGCGCCCUCUAUGAGAGUAAGUUAUAAAAACAAAUUCAUAGGAUGUAUCAGCUUACAAAACAUCGUCUUAUAAAAUUGAAUUACAAUGUUGCCACAAUCGUAAAAAAAUUGUAACAUUUUUUUUCAACGUCCUAAAAGAUGGCGUCACAAAUUUUUUUACUAAGUAAGCCCCAAUUAUAUUUCAGUUUUUUACUUAUCCUAGAGAUGAUGUUACCUUUUUUUAAACACCCUGUAUAGUUCGAUACGUUACUAACGAGACUCGUAUAAAAUAUUUGUAAUGAAAUUGUUCAUAGUAGAUAUACUUUUUGUGAAUUAUGAAUACACCAAUGUUAGAAAAGGUUAUUAGGAAAGGUAAUUCCUAGUAUUUAAUUCUUAAACAUUUAUAAUUGUAAUCUUAAUGAACUGAAAGAUAAAUAAUCAAUUAAAUAAAGAAAUGAGAACUACAAAAGAGAAGUAUAUGUACUUAAGAAUACAAUUUCAUUAUAAAAUGAAUGCCAAAUUCUUUCUCAAUUUCACUUGUCAUAAAGAAGAUGUAAAGAUUAACCAUACUUUAGUCAAAUUAAGUACUACGUCAGAGAUUUUCAAACUUUCUCAAAUGCCGUUUAAAACAUUUUCUUCCGAUUUUGGAUAAACAUUAGGCAUAAUAAAAGAUUUUUCGUAUAGUGAAAGUCUUGGCAGCUAUUUGGUGUACUUAUUUAAAAAUAUAGAAUUAUUUUAGUUACCCGCACCUUCAAGCUUGAGGACUGAAAUAUAAUUAGUAUUGUUGUAAAGGAGAUUUCUGGGAGAUCUCAAUUUAAAAAAAAAUUGUGAAAAAUACAAUAUAAAUUAUACAGAUUAUGUCACGAUAAAAAGUAGAUAAGUAGGGCGUUUGGUUGGGCGCCGAAUUUUUUUUAUGAUGCUACCUCAAUUUUGAGUCUUUAAAAUUUGUGAAUAACAGUGUCGGAAUAGGGCCCUGGGGAGGGGGCGGUUUAACUGCAUCAAUUGUCCGUGGUUAUAUCUAAGUAAGGCUGAAUUAUAAAAUAAUUCUAAGUUUUUGUUAUAAAAUAAGGGUCUUUUUAGCAAUAGAACAUAGACAUGUAUUUAUGUAUAUAAUAAAUAUAUUUAGGGGUUAUUUAUUUUGUAAUAAUUAUUUUUAUACUAAAAUUAAAUAUUUUAUUUU